AUAUCUAUUAAUCCAUCGGAUCCUUUGGAUCCAUCGCAUCCAUUGGAUCCAUCGCAUCCAUUGGAUCCACGGGAUCCAUCGGAUCCAUCGGAUCCUCUGGAUCCAUUGCAUCCUUUGGAUCCAUCGGAUCCUUUGGAUCCAUCGGAUCCUUUGGAUCCAUCGGAUCCUAUGGAUCCAUCGGAUCCUUUGGAUCCAUCGGAUCCUUUGGAUCCAUCGGAUCCUUUGGAUCCUUCGGAUCCAUCGGAUCCUUUGGAUCCAUCGGAUCCUUUGGAUCCAUCGGAUCCUUUGGACCCAUCGGAUCCAUCGGAUCCAUUGGAUCCAUCGCAUCCAUUGGAUCCACGGGAUCCUUUGGAUCCAUCGGAUCCAUUGGAUCCAUCGGAUCCUCUGGAUCCAUUGCAUCCUUUGGAUUCAUCGGAUCCAUUGGAUCCGUCGGAUCCUUUGGAUCCUUUUAAAAAGGAUCUAUUUAUCCAUCCGAUCCAUUGGAUCCUUUUUUAUAAAUAA